UGUUUAAUCGGCCCAAUUCGUUGCCCGCCUGCAAUAGAAACCCUAACCCCUUUAGCCUUCCCUCCUUUAUGCUUCUCGCGAAGUUGACCGAAACACUCCCUUCACCUUCACCAGCUGCGCAUCUCACUGUAGACGGAGCUCCUCUCUUUCCACCGUGAAUAAGGGGACUUUCUUUGAAAGAUGGUGAGAGUCAGUGUGUUGAAUGAUGCCCUCAAGAGCAUGUAUAAUGCUGAGAAGAGAGGAAAGCGUCAGGUCAUGAUCAGACCCUCUUCAAAAGUGAUCAUCAAGUUCCUUUUGGUUAUGCAAAAGCAUGGAUAUAUCGGGGAGUUUGAGUAUGUGGAUGACCACAGAUCUGGUAAAAUUGUGGUUGAGCUGAACGGAAGGUUAAACAAGUGUGGCGUCAUUAGUCCUCGUUUUGAUGUUGGUGUUAAGGAUAUUGAAUCAUGGACUGCCAGGCUGCUUCCUUCAAGACAGUUUGGCUACAUUGUGCUCACUACCUCUGCUGGCAUCAUGGACCAUGAAGAAGCAAGGCGCAAGAAUGUUGGUGGGAAAGUUCUUGGUUUCUUUUAUUAGAAAACAUGUUUUGUUGUCUGUUUUGUUUGAAUCCCUUUUUUAAUCAAUAGUGAUGAGCGGAUCUUGUUUUGGAAUGAUGUUAUUUUUGAUGGCUAAUUAUUUUGAGCAAAUCGUACUGGAUGUUUGUUAAUCAAUUAUCAUUUUGUUUUAAGCUCAUUAAUUUCAUACAGGUUAUUUCCUUCAUUGUUUGGAUAUUUCUUUCUCUUUACAGAGUUUUGCAGUCUAUAU